UGUGGGCGGGGGGGGGCCGCUGCUCGCCCGCGGGGCGCUGCGGAGCCCGGGGCCGGCGGGGCCCGGGGCGGCGGGGCCCGGGGGCGGCCGGAGGGGAGCGGGCGCCCCCGGCCGCCUCCCCGGGGAUGCUCGGGGCCCCGGGAGAGCCCGGGCUGGGCAGAUUUCCUUAUCCGGGGAUCGCAGGGCACCUCGCCAUUGGCCCGCGCUGUCACAUGGACUCCAACUUUGUUCACUUGACAAAAUUAAUGGCCAUGAGCUCGUUUUUGAUCAACUCCAACUAUGUGGACCCCAAGUUCCCACCCUGUGAAGAGUAUUCCCACAGCGAUUACCUUCCCAAUCACUCGCCGGAAUAUUACAGCAGCCAGAGGCGAGAGAGCACUUUCCAACAUGAAGCGAUGUACCAGCCGCGGUCAGCCUGCAAGGAGCAGCUCUACUCGUCCUGUCAGAGCUCCGGCCACCAAGCAGCGGUGUUAUCCCCCCGGGGUCAUGUCCAUCCUCCGGCCGGACUGCAGAGCCACCUCUCUGAGCCAAACCAUCCCUGCGAGCCGGUCACCCCCAGCCCACCACCCUCCUGCAGCCAAAACUCUCUCAACCAAAGCCCUUCCAAUUCCUCUUGCAAAGAGCCGGUAGUUUACCCCUGGAUGAAAAAAGUCCAUGUAAGCACGGUAAACCCCAAUUGCUCAGGAGGGGAACCGAAACGCUCCCGCACAGCCUACACCAGGCAGCAAGUCCUGGAGCUGGAGAAGGAAUUUCACUAUAACCGCUAUCUCACCCGGCGGCGCAGGGUCGAGAUCGCCCACUCCCUCUGCCUCUCCGAGCGCCAGAUCAAAAUCUGGUUCCAGAACAGGAGGAUGAAAUGGAAAAAAGAUCACAAGUUACCAAAUACCAAGAUCAGGUCUAAUUCCUCCAGCUCCUCCGCCAGCCUGCAGAUCCCACAAGGAGGAUCUCAAACCCGAUCCCAUGGACCAGCCACCAGCCUAUAACUAUUCCUUGGACGGAUGGAUGGAGUGUGCGUGUUUGUGGGUGUGAAUUCGUGUGUGUGUGUGUGUGUAGGGAACACAUGAUAAUUUUUUUUUUUUUAAUGCUCCAAGAAGCGAGGGAAGGAGGGGUGCUUUUUAUUUAUAGGGGGAACAGAGGGAGACUCAGCUGCAACAAAGCAGAGCUGUGCUGUUGUGCCUCUCUUCCAUUAAAAGAAGGCUGUAGAUAGUAGUUUUCAGAUUUGGCUAAGAUGGAUCCUUGUUUCAUCUUUAAUCACGCCAAGCUCUGCCCCAUUUGUCAUGUUUACUCUCCCGUACAAAGGAUGGACCUUAUGUCUGCUAUUACCUCGACAACCAGCGCUCACUUUAAUAAAUGAGGCUCAGUUUCUUCAAGACGAACUGGAUUUUCUCCCCCCAACCCCUUAUUUUUUUUUUCCUCCUCUUUUUUCUCUUCUCGCCUACCAGCCACAAACGGAAAGUUUCUGUCCCGCCAUCCCAAAGAAGUGGCGGUUCUAGCACAGCCCUGCGAUGGAGAAAAAAAUAAUAAUACCCAAACCCCAAGAAAUAUAACCAAAAUCCCCGCCGGGCACGGACCGUGGGGAGCCGGGGGCUCUCGGACACUGCGCUGGUCGUGCGGGGGUGGGGGAGAGGAGGGGGAAAGGAAGAUUAGGUCAAGUGGGUGGUGGACAAAGAAAGCGAGAGGAUGGAGGGUGAUGUAGGGCCCCCCCUGCCAUUUUUUUGGGUCCAGCAGGUUAAUUGUGAGUCUGGGGAAGGGGGGUGGGAGGGGAGAGGGGAAAGCCGGGGGGUAGGUUAGAAACUGGGCGAUGAACAGCAGCACCUGGAUUCACCCCCCAGCCCAGGGUGAGGGGCAGAGGGGGGGGGAUGCUCCUCUCCUGAUGUCUAGCCCAGUUUUGUACUGAAAAUGUGAAUUACGGCCGGAGGGGUGAGGGCUCGCCCCUCUUGGGGUGAGCAGGGGGUGAGGAGGGGGGCGGUUCGAGGCUCCCCCCGACCCCCCGCCCGGCCCGGCCCGGCCCGGCCGCCUCCAUCCCCUCCCUUUGUCCUUCGUGGUGUCCGUGAUUACCUGUAAAUAGCAGAAAAAAGGAACAAAAAAAAAAAUGCGCAAUUGGAAAUAAAUUUUUUCAUUGU